AGAUAUGUCAAAUGAUAAAGGCUCACUAGAUUACCUUCCAAUCUAUUCAUUUCUCUUUCCGAAUGAAAAAGGGUCUAGUUUAUAUAAUGCUUAUGAUCGAAAUGAAGUUGAUAAUAAAUUAGUUAUCAAAAUUGACCAAGAUGGUGAUCGUGCUUCAAAGUUUUCUGUUGCAGAUGACAUUUCAGAAGUAUAUGGUUUACCUAGGAUUCACAAAUAUAUUAAUGGCCAAAAGCCUUUAAGAGCUGUGAUUGAUAUUGAUGCGUCGAAAGAAGAUAUGAAAACAGCUAGUGUUAUGAGACAGGAAGUAUUUAUUCGAAUCUGUUACUCUUUCAUAAGAGCUUUGUAUCGAAUUCUUGACUGUGGUUGGGAAGAUAUUCUCAAAGGGUUAGUAAUUGCUUCGUCUUCAGAUUCUAGUAAAUGCAGUUAUCAUAUUUUAUAUACACCAGUUCUACUUAUUGAUCAUAACGAACUUAAAGCGUUUACAGAAUUGGUAUAUACCUUAACAGGUGAAAAAUAUG